AGCUCCUUUUUAUUGAUUUCGCUGUCUCCUGAUCUCCGCGUCUGCAAAGAGGCCCUUUCUUCCCUCUCCGCCAAUAGGCAGGAGCUGUCAGCGGAGGGAGCCCUUGGCUGCUUUCCAUCGCUUCUGCCAAGGAAUGUGGUUAAAAAAAAAAAAAAAACGAAACGGGAAAAACACAACAGUGGACUAGCCAGGAGGGCCCCAUACAAUGGAGCUAGCUCGGAGCGCUAAGCGGACACCAUGAAGCGGUAGCAACUGCUGAAGGAUCCCUGUUCCACCUUCUCCAGACCAGGACACAAAUGUUUGACCCUUGCAUAGACAUCUCUAGCAAGGGGCUAGAGAGGAGGAAUGAAGACAGCUAGGAGAAUUUGAGGCUCUGUGGGCUUCAUUUUUGCUCUUCUGAACAUCCAUCAACCUGCACCUUUAAUAUUUAUUGUUUUCUCCUGCUCGGAUUGAAAAUGCUGACGAUAAAGUUGCCUCAGAUAUUCAGAGUUCACCAAGUACCUCGUAUCUUCUGGGAGGAUGGCAUCAUAUCGGGCUACCGCCACCCCAAGAGCUCAGCCUUGGACUGCAUCCUGAGCUCCUUCCAGAUGACCAAUGAGACUGUAAAUAUCUGGACACACUUCCUUCCCACCUGGUAUUUCGUGUGGCGGUUCCUGGUGCUCUCCUCCUCCCUGGAUUUCUGCAGCGACGCCUACCACUGGCCUUUCCUGGUCUACCUGUUGCUGGUCUGCGUGUACCCCUUCACCUCCAGCUGUGCCCACACCUUCAGCACCAUGUCUGCCCACGCCCGCCACAUCUGUUACUUCUUUGACUACGGAGCCCUGAGUCUCUACAGCCUGGGCUGUGCUUUCACAUAUGGAGCCUAUGCGAUGCCAGACCGCUGGGUUAACGGCACUUUACACCAUUACUUUGUACCAAUGGCUGCUUUUAACUCAUUUAUCUGCACCAGUCUGUCUUGUUACUCCCGUUUCCCAGAAUUGGAGUGUCCCCGGCUGAGCAAGAUUCUACGGACAACGGCCUUUGUGUAUCCCUUUGUCUAUGACAAUAUCCCGCUGUUUUAUAGGCUCCUGUUCUGCUUUGGGGACGACUGUACCUGGAACGACUCCAUAGCGGGUUACUUCUACCAUCUCUUCUUCGCCUUGCUCACCGGCUUCCUCUUUGCCUCCCACCUGCCGGAACGGCUGGCGCCUGGGCGCUUCGACUAUAUUGGGCACAGCCACCAGCUGUUCCACAUCUGCGCGGUGGUGGGCACCCACUUCCAGCUGGAGGCCAUCCUGUCAGACGUGCGCUCGCGGCAGGCCUGGCUGAGCAGCCAGGCCCCGGCGCCCGCCUUCUCCACCACCUUCGGCACCGUGAGCUUGGCCCUGCUGGGGAACCUACUCAUCAUCGGGGGCUUCACCGUGGCUGGCCUGGGGGCUCCUCCAUCCUGCAGAGCACCGUGCCCGAAGCAGGCCAUGCCAAGGAGCAAUGACGCCCGCUCGCCCCCAGAGACAGCGGGCCAGGCGGCCGGGGGUCUGAGCUCAGCAGAGAAUGAAGGGAGAAGAGCCCCUAGCCUGGCUCUCUCAGCACCAGGCAGGCUCCACCUCUCAUACCUCAGGAUAGUCCGUACUCCCUGAGAACUGGAAGAAGAACCCAGGCGUCUGGACUCCUGACCCCUUGCUCUGAUGCCCUGUAAGUGCAGAGUGGAGUGGCCCCAAGCCGUCUUCCUAGGAGGGGCCCCGACAUGGCUGCCGCUUGUGGCCCCAACACCUCAGUGAGAGGUGGCCUCUGGACUUGCCCAGGUCCGGCCAAAGGGUUUACGGGGCCCACGGCAGGACGCCGGGAGCGGGGCCCUGGGCCCGGCCGAUGGCUGGUAACUACUCAGCAGCGCGUGGCCCCGAAAGCGCAGGGCCCAAGGCAUCUGUCUUGCUCGCCUUGCCCUAGGGCCGGGCCUGGACUUGCCUUAAGGAACUGGUCGUGAUCCCAUCCCGUUAGCCCUGAAUCAAACCUCAAGGCUGAGGCGGCGGCCUCCUCCCAGCCCCGGGCUGGCUUGAAAUCCGAACCGGAAUGGGGCAGCUUGACUCCUUGCCGGCCAGGGACAAGAGGAGAGGCGCAGGUGGCUGGAGCCGGACUCCUGGGUUCUCUUGCGAACGUGGUUUCGUGGCUAGCGCCAGGAUGCCUGGGUUCUCGUUCCAGUUCUGGGAAGGGAGCCUGGUCCCCGGGGACAGAGCCAGAGGCCUGGCUUCAGUCCCCAACCCUUGCACUGACGCCGUGUGUGACUUAGGACAAGCGGCUCCGUGCCUCAGUUUUUCCAGCUGUCAACAGGGCUAAUGCCGCUCACCCGACGCCCCUGGAGAUGCUUGGAUGAGAGGCAAAGCAGGGGCCCUCCCUGACCUGCUAGAACCCCCCUACCUGUUCUUUAACCAAAGGUCCAUGCCCAAGGCUCCAGUGUUGGCACAGCCUUCUGCCAGUGGCCGGGACAGGCCGGGCUGAGCUCCACCACAACAGCCAGCUGAUUCGGCUCCUCCCUUUGCCUGGGGAGUGGGGUUGUGAAUUUCGUAGCCGGGCUUUCCCCCUGGGCCUGCGUUUUGGGCUCUGCUGAGUUUAUCUAACUAGCUCCGUGUCACUAACUGCUCUGCCACUAACCACCCAGCACCACCUCCCAGUAGCUCUGCCAGGUUGUACCUGCCCAGUCCUGCAUCCCCAAGGGGAGGCGCUUGGUGCCAAUGUGCCAGCUGAUGGCACCGGCCACAGACAUGAGGUAAAACAGGCCGGUGCUGUGCCUCGGGGCCGUAUUUGUGGAGAGGGCCCUGUGUCAUGUGCCAGACCUCCCCUCCGAGGUCUAUGGGACCGGUGCCCCAGGGCAUCAGCUCAUAUGUUCCUGUCUGGUGCCACCCACCCCCGGAGAGCCUCCUGUGGGGACCAGGGCUCUUCUGCACCCUCAGGAGCAGGGUCACCCGUUUUGGUCGGACGUGUUCCUGGGGGUUUCAUCCCAGGGCACAAUUCAUCAUGCGAUCCUGAAGGGUUGGCAGUCCUGGUCGUGGGGGGGACCCGGCUGGGGCAGAAGACUUGUCUGUUGCAGCAUAGUUAGUUCUGGGAGCAGCAGGGUGGCAUCCAUCGAGAUUAUGGGAAACCUGCCUCUGAGUGAGUGUGUGUUGGUGGGGGAGAGAGACACUGCUCCGCAGGGAUGUUUCCUGCACCGCUAAAUGUUUAUGGUGGAUUUUAAAGUUUCCUGCCAGCACUGACGAUACCAUCUCCCUCCACUGCUCUUCAGUGGCCCGUCCAAGGAGACAGUUUUAAUCCCCAUGCAUGGUGGGGAAGCACUGGGAUGGGCUCCCUAGGGAGGGGGUGGAAUCUCCAUCCCUAGAGGUUUUUAUGUCCCAGCUUGACAAAGCCCUGGCUGGGUUGAUUUAGUGGGGUUGGUCCUGCUUUGGGCAGGAGGCUGGACUCUGACUCCUAAGGUCUCUGCCAGCCCUGGGACUCUAUGAUUCUAGGUGACGCCAGUAGAGGGUUUGUGCUUCGCUGGGCGUUCAGCACCGGCCAGAAUCUGCCGCCCGUUCCCUUGCUCCACACCACGCAGCGAGCCGGGCGGUGCGAUUGCUCAGCCCAGCUGGGCAGAAGUGAGCUGGUGCUGGUCUGUCUGCCCUGCCGUGAGCAUCGCACCUCCACCUGGCCCUGCAGGACCCCAGAAUCCGGCCCCGGGAAAUCAGGGCUCUCCGCGAGGUCCGCUUUGCAGCAUGAGUCCUGGGAAUAAACAAGCACUGAAGCAAGAGCAGUCUGCCUGCAGAUCCCCACGUGUCUAGGGCUGGCAACUGGGAGGAACCUGUCCCGGAGAGUCCUCAACAGCCAUCGGGCCGGAGGGACGUAGCUGAGAUAUUCUAGAGGGCUUAUGGCUUGCGUAGAGGGCCUUAGUGACAAGGCCAAACCACGUGGAGAGGUAAAGGGGAGAAGAGGUAGCGGUUUGAGUUGGCGAAAAGCAAAUGACCCGGCCUUGGCUCAGGCGGGGUGACGGUUUUUGUGGAGUCGACAGGGCGCUAGGCGUCUGCCUCAGCGG